AUGUUUACGUUGUGUGUGAAAGGUGAAAUUUAUAAUUUUGGGUGUAUUAAUCUGUUAAACGUUGAUGGCCCUUUGGCCAAGAUUUGGCUGGCUGCUCACUGGGACAAAAAGUUGACAAAAGCCCAUGUAUUUGAGACAAACAUCGAGAAGUCCGUUGAUGGUAUAUUGAAGCCUAAAGUGAAGAUGGCAUUGCGUACUUCUGGCCAUCUGUUGCUUGGAGUCGUCAGAAUUUAUUCCAGGAAAGCAAAGUACUUGCUACAGGACUGCAAUGAAGCUUUUGUUAAAAUCAAGAUGGCCUUCAGGCCUGGUAUGGUAGAUUUACCAGAAGAGCACAGAGAAGCAGCUAUGAAUGCAAUCACUCUGCCAGAAGUUUUCCAUGACUUUGACACAGCAAUGCCUGAAUUAAACGAGGUAGACAUCGAAGUUCAGUAUUCACUGAACCAGUCUAGGGCUGAAGAGAUCACAAUGCGAGAGGACUAUGGAUCCUUGAACCUCGUCACUCACGAUGAUGGGUUCGGCGAUAUGGGAUUCGAUACAGAUAACCCGGAUAUCAUGCGAGAGGCUAUUGGCAACGAAGGUGGAUUAGAACAGAGUAAUUUACUAUUUGCUGAUGGUUCCUCUUUGGAAUUAGGCGGGAAGGAGACCGUGGGAUCCUUGGGUGGGGUGGAGGCACUUGGUGCGGUUUCGCGACGAAUGGAGCCUGCACCUGCACAUAUGGAUGACGGCUUCGGAGGAAAUAUUGCUGAUGUACCGGAUUUUGGACAUGCGGGCGGUCUCUUUGAGGGCGAUUUGUUCGGUGAGGUAACUGGUAGUAGCAGCUCGGCCGCGGCAGCCUCCGGCAUGCCCGGCACUUCACAGCAACCACAGUCUCUGCAGGCUGAGAUUGACGCGGCUGGAGUAAACGCAGGCGAGACGGGAGGAGACAUGGCUGCUGCCGACGCACCAGACUCCGACGAUGAUAUGGGAGAUCAUUACGAUGCUGGCAACUCGCCGCAACACAGCUGGGCUGGAUCACCCAUUCCAGAAAGUAUGCCUCCGCCCCCAGUGCCUGCUCCUGCUUCACCGCUGGCGCCAGUACCCAUGGACGUGGACGGCGCGGGCGCGGAGUCCCCGAGCUCGGCGCCGGCGGCGGAGGAGGCGGGGCCGCCCAGCGCCGCGCCCGCCACGCCCCGGCCCGGCGCCGCGUCCGAGCGCGCGCCCGACAACACCACGCUGCUGCACAACGACGAGGAGUCCUUCGCCCUCGCGCCCGUCGACGCCACCGUGCUCAAGGGCAUAACGAAAACGAAACGUAAGCGCAAGCUGAUCGUCGACGAGGUGAAAAAUAUAUCCGGCGAGGAGAUGAAGAAUCAAUUGAGUAACACGUCGGACAUCGUCACCACGUUGGAUCUGGCGCCCCCCACCAGAAGGCUGAUGCACUGGAAAGAGACGGGCGGCGUGGAGAAGUUGUUCACGUUACCGGCUAGGCCGAUACCUUCUAGAAUUCUGUUCAAGAAAUACCAGCGCAACAUGACGCUCCGCAGCGAGGCGGAGGAAGGCGAGGCGGCGCGCUCGCCCGACCCCGCCGAGCCCAGCGCCGCGCGCCGCAACACGCGCAAGCGCCGGCACGACGACUCUUUACAGCGACCGGAAACUCCAGCACCACCUCCAAUAGCCGACUUAGAACCUCCUACCCCAGUGCCGCAAGAAUACGAACCUUCUGUCGAAACGGAACCAGUUGCGGAAAACGUCGGAUAUCAAUCGCCUCGGCCCGAAUCAAGACUAGACGUGGACCCGCCGCAGACACCGGGUACCCCAGGUAUGUUAAGUUCGUUGGGCCCGCCGUUAACACCCGGUGUAUUAGGACCUCUCACGCCUGGAACACUAUUACACGGUGGUCUCACGCCAGGCGGUCUGCAACACGGCUCUCUAACACCAGGAGGCCUCGCCCACGGUGGCAUGACCCCAGCGGGUCUGCAGCAUGGAGACGCUGGAGAUCUCGGACUUGUCGGGAGUGGCAUGACACCUGCUGGCUUGCAUCAUGGUGGAAUGACUCCAGGGUUAUUAGAGAGCGGCAUGACACCAGCGGGGCUAGUUCACGGUGGUCUUACACCUGCCGAUUUACAUCAUGGUGGUAUGACACCAGGUGGUCUGGAUCACGGUGGUAUGACGCCAGCAGGAUUACAACAUGGAGGCAUGACACCAGGGGGUCUACAACACGGAGGUAUGACCCCGGCUGGGUUACAUCACGGAGGUAUGACACCGGCAGGGUUACAACAUGGUGGCAUGACCCCGUCAGGGUUACAACACAGCGGUAUGACACCAGGUGGCCUUCAACAUGGUGGCAUGACACCCGCAGGAUUGCAGCAUGGAGGAAUGACGCCAUCGGGUGUCCAACACGGCGCGAUCCUACAACACGGCCUGGAGCAGCUGCCCAUGAUGCCACAACUCGGCGGAGAGGUGUCGUCACUGCUGCGAGCGGCUCCCCCGAGCCAGCCCGACCGCACCUCGCACGACCUGCCCCAUACUGUUCCUAUGGAGCCGCUACUGCACGGACUCGACGACCACGGGGACUAUCAGAGUGGAAUGCAGAUGACAAACUUGGGUUACGAUGACCAACAUGGCCAUCACAGCCCAGCUCACGAUUACGAUCUUCCGUUAUCCCCAGACAAUGGGGAAGACGGUGAGCGUGAAGCGGGUGAAACAGAUGAGCAGUUCGAAGAGCGGGUAUUGAAUCGCAGAGCUGCGCAACUAUUCGCAGUGAUGAAGCCUAAACUGGCCAUGGGAUUACAACUAACAUUCACAGAACUUGCACCCAGACACAAUAACAGAAAGCAGGUGGCACAAAAAUUCUACAGUUUACUUGUACUGAAAAAACAUCAAGUGUUGAAAAUAGAACAGCACGAAACAUAUGGACCUAUAUCUAUUUGCAGGGGUAGUCAGUUCGAAACAGAAGCGAUUUAA